AUGCGUUCUCCAUCUCCGGUUGCUUCCGGCUCGAAUCACACGCUGGAUGAUGGUCCUCCUGCCAAACGCAGUCGUAUCGAGGAGAUCCCCGACGUCGAGAUGGCCACCGGCCAACAGAACGAUCUUGAUCUUCUGUUUGGAGAUAGCGAGUUCGCCCAGGCUGAACCGCAAAAGAACCUUUCCUCGAGUGCUUGUACAGCACACGAAUCCACCAUUUCGUACCGAUUCCCAUCGUCGUCUGGGAGUCCAUCCCCUCCCCCCAUCGUACCAUCGUCGCCCGAUCUGGCGCAUCAAAACCAACCCGGGCCCUCCGACCCCUACCUCGCCCUCCCACCGCCUGAAGACGAGAUCCCCGACCUCGACGAACUGCCCUCCGAACAACCACCCUCGCCUCCACCUCACACGCCUGCCCCUACCAUGUCAGGGCAUCACCGCAUCACCCUCGCCGCCAACCCCCCCUACUUCGAUGGCGACAAGUCCAAAUACCUGGGCUUUGUGGACGCGUGCACCACUUACAUCGGUGCCUAUUGA